UCGCCAUCACCACCACCACCACCAACUUCACGCCCAUAUUCUGCACGCCAUGCCGCCCAGGUUAAACGUGCUGCAUCCACCCAGGACGCUGGUCCUGCGACCGAAAACCUCGCCGUCCAGCUGGCGGGUUUUCAAUGGCAGUGCGCACGCGAGGCCCUUCUCGGAUUCGCCAAAGGACCCGAACGUCACGACGGACCAGGACAUCAAGGAGCGCACGAAUGUCGACCACAACAUGGCUGUCUCGGAAGAAGCGAAGGUGAUGGCCAAAGUAAGAGGCGAACAGGGUCCCGAUUUGCAGCAGGGCACGCCCAUUGAGGAGAUUGUCAAGGACGACAAGGAAGCCCAGAAAAACCUUCCCAAGGUGAUGCAGGACGCAUUGAAGAAGGGAAAUAGUCCGUCGGGGACAAGGGCGUUCUCCACGACGGCCUUCCGGAGAGAUCACACGCCUGCCGCACAGUCGAGGGCCAUGUCGACGUCCGUACGUCGGAAUCAAAGCCCAAUGAGCAUGACGUCGUCCCCAGGCCCUAUCGAGUCUGCUGUCGUCGAAAGCGGCAUGUCCGAUCUCACGCCCAAGGAGCCGCGAGCCCGCGUUCGCCACCUGCACAAUCGACACCAGAACAUUGUCGAGCAAUUCGUUGGCCUUUUGAUCCGUGACGGCAAGAAGGCCGCUGCCCAGCGCAACGUUGCUCUCAUCCUCUCGCACCUCCGCACUUCUCCUCCCCCCAAACUCGACUCGCCUCGUUUGCUCCCCGAACACCCACCCGCAGCCCAUCUACCUUUGAACCCAGUCCUCUACCUGCAGUUGGCUGUCGAUAGUGUUGCACCCAUUUUACGCAUCAAGCAGCUCAAAGGCGCUGCGGGUGGUGGUAUGGCACUCCCAGUUCCCGUACCGCUUUCAUUGCGGAGAAGACGUUGGGAGGCUAUCCAUUGGAUCAUCGAUGCCGCAUCAAAGAGGCGAAGCAGGGGCAGUGGAAGCGGCAUGUUCGCUCAAAAGGUAGCGGAGGAAAUCGUGAAUGUGGUUGAAGGGAAGAGCAGUGUCUGGGCGAAGAGGGAUGCACUGCAUAAGCAGGCUGUGGCGGCAAGAGCAAACAUGGUACCCCAGGAGAAGAUAAGGAGGUAAUCUGUACGGUAUACGUCUAUUCGGAUCGAGAGAACGGUGCACUAUUUGUACGAUAUGGAGACAAUGAGCAGUCAGGUGGUGAAAGAGCUUUGUGUAUCCAUUAUUGCAGGAGAACCAAAAAGCUAGCAAAGCCUAAACAUAGCGGUGCGAUGCCAUCUCAUUGUCCUAGUUGAGCACCAUGGAAAAAGACAAAAUCUUUACGCUCACCUUCUAGUCCUGGGACAUGGUCCGUGGAGUUUUGUCCUCAUCAACGACUUGCGCUUUG